CCCAUGCACGACGCUCAACAAGUACAGCAUCAACUUGACGAAUAUUAUGGAGGUUCAACAGCAACAGGAUGCUAUUACAACUUUAUACAUUAUGAAGAGGGUGACCGUAUAAUGACCAAUGAGCCAUGUCUAAACUGCACGUGCCAUAACCGCAUGCUAAUGUGCUACCUUCGUGUUUGCCCCUUCAGCAAAGGUAUCGGGCAAGACUGCACAGUGGAGCAGAAACCAGACCAGUGCUGUCCAGUGAUUACAUGUCCUGAAGUGCCAGUCCAACUUAUAACAAGGUCAACAACCAUUACUACUCCACCUGCUCCAACCGGGUCAACAGCUGUUGGACAUCCUGAUAAUUAUGGUUGCACAAUUGAUGAAGUGUUCUACUCCGACGGCACCAAGAUACCGGGGGACCCCACAAAGCCAUGUGAACUCUGCUACUGUAUUCGCAACCACACAGCAUGUGUCAUGCAAGAAUGCACACUGCAUGUCGAGGGUUGCAGGCCUGUGUAUGUUGAGGGUGUCUGCUGUCCUGUGAGAUAUGACUGUGAUUACCAGGAGUACACGACAUCUGCACCGCUACUGGAAACAACAUUGCGGCCAACUCCAGGCUUGCUGUUCACAACAACAAUGGCUGGCCCACUUGAUUGUCGCUAUGGAGAAGAGACCUAUGCUGAUGGUGCACUCAUUGAAACAGAAGAACCUUGCCAACACUGUUAUUGCAUGCGUGGAGACAUUGUUUGUGCAGUCCAAGAAUGUGGCACACCACUUGAGAGAGAAGCUGGAAACUGUACUGCUUUACCUCCACAACCUGGACAGUGCUGCCCCCAACAGUAUCAGUGUGAUAAUGUGACAGUUCCAUUUGACAUUCUGUCACAAGGAAUGGAAACAGCUCAACCAUCAAAAUCAACUGAUUCAACAAAAUCUGAUGAACAGGUUUCAUUGUCAACUGAAGCUACUCUGGUUCAGCACUCUACUGUGGAUAAAGAGGAACAUGUCCAGCAGCAAGGAAGUCUUGAUGAGACACAGGAACAUCUGAAUGAAGUUGAGCAAGGUUUAGAACAACAUACGCACUAUGAGGAUGAAGAGAUUGAAAAGGGAACAGAAAUAGAGCACAUCACAAAUCCUGCAGAACAUGAGGGACAAGGCACAGUUGAGCAUUUCACACAAGCUGUAGAACACUUACCAGCAGAGGGCAGUGGGCAUAUUACAUUAGAGAGUGACAGUUCUGUGACUGAAGCUGUCAUUGCCUCAAGUGAGAAACAAAGAACAACAUUGGAAAGUGCAGAAACUGCUACUGAAAGUCUAACAGAACUCAAUGUUGCAAGCAUCUCUGAAGGCAUUCAAACUAUUGAACAGGUACCACAGCAAGAGUUUACUUCUUCUCCAACAGAAAAUGGCAAUGAAGAUGUACAUGAUGAACAGUCUUUAACAGCUGAUGCAGACAACCAUCCAUCAGUUGCCCAAACAACAUUAUCAGGAGAAUCCGUGAGUUCUAGCAGCAUUGGUGAGCUUCCAGAAGGUCAAAUGACAACUGAACAAAAUGUACCUGAUAUUGUUACUCUGAAAGAUGAAAUAGGCUUUACUCACAAGAGCACUUCCACAGCUCAGACAGUGAGUGAUACAGAUGAGGGAAGUGAACCUGUCACACAUGAAAUCAUAGCAGCAGAAAGUGAUUCCACAGAAAAAGUGGAACAACAAGAUCUCACACCACCUUCCCCACAGUCCUCUCCAGCAAAUGAAUUCAUUACUUCAGCAGCUGACAUUCAAUCCUCCACAGAUAAGACUGAAGAAUCUGCUUCUGUUGAAAAUAUUCCUGAUGCUCUUGAACCAUCAGAAGGUGAGGAAGCAAUAUCACAUGUUACAGACACACAAAUACACGAAGAUGAACACACUGUUGCAACUCCAGUAAGAACGUCAAUUGCACCUGAAACAGGUGGAAUCACAAUACCAGUACAGGAUGCCGAAGGUGAAAUUGUAACUGAAGGUCUAGAGCCAACUGAUUUUGAGUCAGGCGAUAGAGUAACUGCCACUGAAAGCACACAAGAGCAUGUCACAAAUGGGCCAGUAGUAGAGAUCUCACCUGAAGCAGACAAGAUUGAUGAAGUAUCUCAUGAACAGUCUGUGACAGAGGCCAAUGUAGCUGAAGAAGCAGGCCAUACACCAAAUGAUGUACUGAGUGAAGUACAUGAAGAAGAACAGCAGACAUCUGGUAAACCACCUCAGCUGCCAAUGGAAGAGCAUGCUACAAUUUCUGAAGAAUUAGAACUGUCAACAGGUGUAGAAUCCAUCCAUCAUACAACAAGUAAAUCUGAUUCUGCAGAUUUUGUCUCUCAGUUAGUUACAACUACCAGUCCUAACAAGCAAGAAGAGGGCAGUUUCCAAGCAACGGAAACAGUACUCAAUGAAGAUACUGAUAAUGAUUUGGAUUCAGCAACGAAGGCAGAUGAAACAGAACAUGUGACAGUGUUGCAUGAUAUCAUAUCUUCAUCAAGUGAAAGUGACACAGGCACUGGUCUCAAUGAAGUACUAACCACUGUGCAACCAUCAGUAGAUGUUGUUGGUAUUACUCAAGAAAGCAGCAUUGAUUCACAGCCAGGUCAAGAAGCAGGUAAGCCAACUGAAGCAAGUGUGGCUGCAAUUGGAGAGACAGCAGAUGAAAGUGAAGCAUCUGCCGAAGUAACAGACAUCAUAGGCACAGUUACAACAAAUCUUGAAACAACAGGGGAGGAUAUCAAAGAGCAACCUGUGACAGCACCCACUGAGGUAAAACCCUCAGCUAGUACAGGAAAAAUUGAUGAAGAGUUAUUAAUUACACAUCCUCCUGAAACAGCAGAACCUAGCAUUUCGAAUGAAGUAUCUUUUGAAUCAUCUGGGGAUUCAACUGAGGAGUCAGUUCAUCAUUUAGUAAGUGAAAUGAAUGGUAAACCUACUGAAAUACAUACAACACCAUCAGAAAGUGCUUUGAACAGCCAGCCAUCUCAUGAGGAGACCAAUGCAAUGUCAGAAGUAUCUCAACAAGAAGGUUUAGGUGCAACUGAACCUGUGCCACCAAAUGAACCAGUAGUAGUGCAACAAUCCACUGAAUCAGAAGAACUGUUUGAACAAGAAGGCUCCCAAAAGCCAGCUUCUGAGGAAGAUGCAGAAGUAGUGACGGGUGGAUCCAUUCCAUCAGAGGAACAUCAAACUGAAUCUACUCCAAAGGAGACUAAUGCAGCUCAAGAAACAGGAACAUCUUCUGAAGCCAAUCAGAAACCAGGAACACUGGAGGAAGUAGCAACUGAACAAGCUUCUGUGUCUGAAAGCCUCCAUCAAGAGCCUGUGGAGCAACAAGUGAUACAUGAGCCUACUGAAACUGGCAUUGUAGAGCCAAGUACAGGUGGAAUUUCUAUAAUAUCUACACCAGGAUUUGAUGAAAUUGAGCAUGAGCUAUCACAGCAGCAAACCCAGAAACCAAUUGAAGCAGAUGGAAAUCAAUAUACCACAGAAGUCUCAGCAUCUGGAAUCAGUGACACUGCUUCUGAGCAACAACAACCACAGAAGCCUGCUGAAGAUGGAGGACUGCCAUCUGCAGAAGGUAGUGCAGUGACUCAAGAAACUGUAACCCCAGCACAUGAUGUUCCUCAGUACCAUGAAACUCAGGAGUCAACUGACCCAGAGAAGCAACCAAAUGAACUUCCACUGACAACCAGUGGAGUUGGUGGAUUUGUACAGGAACUGUCAACAGCUACAUCUAUACAAGGCCCAAUAGGAAUCCCCACAAGUGGACCUCCACAUGCACUGAUUCCUGGAGAGGGUAAUUGCCUGGUUGAUGGUAAAACAUAUGCCAAUAACUCAGAAAUCCCACCUCCAAGCCACUGCCACGUCAGCUGUCAUUGUAUAAGUAGUAUUGUUCACUGUGUCAGUGUGAACUGCCCACCACCUCCAACACAUCUCAAAAACUGUACUCCAGUUCGACACAGUGAUGAUGCGUGCUGUCCAACAUAUACUUGUGAUGUCGAGCAUAAAGUAACACUAGUCGCAGACAGCAUGGUGGCUGCGACAGGAAGACCAAUGGUCAGUAGCGAGACUUCUGCUGCACCUUCUGAAGAACAUCAAGAAGAUACAAAACCACAAAUUACAGAUAGUAGUUCUUCACUGGAUACUGAUCAGGACUCUAAUGUAGUUACUGAGGCACAUCCAGUCUACCAUGGUACAGAAAUGGAGGAACAGGAGAACACAGGAGACACUGUACAUGACACCACUGUCACCGAAAAACCAGAAACUGUUUCUUCUGCACAGGAAGGACACAUACCAGCAUCCCCCGAACCUACUGAAACCCAGACAAGUCAUGUUCCCAGCUCUGAGAAACCAGCUGAUGAACAUUUAGUGCAGCAAGAGGAGAAAGAUCAACAGAGCACUGAAGUACAGCAAACGGUUCAACCAGCGGAAGAUGGACUGGUUGAGGAGCAGGCCCCCAGCGAGGUGAAGCCAGAGGCUACUGAGGCAGUAAUUCAGGAAGGAGUUGAUACUUUAGAGCAUACAGUUAGCCCAUCAGAAAGCCUAAAUGCGGAUCAUCAAGUGACAACAGAAAAAGCAUCCACUGAAGAUGGCUAUGUUCCAACAAUUUCUCCUGUUGGAAUUUCAGAAACCAAAGAAGACCACACAUAUACUCCAACUUCAAGUGCUGAAGAAGCUACAAUUGUAGUGGUAGAACAUUCAUCUGGUUCCAGUGAUGCAAUACUUUCCCCAGGUUCUUCAUCAACUGCUCCUGAUGCUGAAGGAUCACAACAACCAAUAGCAGCUGUCACUGAACACACUGACAGUUCUCCAGGUCUUUCCUCAUCAGUCAUUGACGAACAACAUGUAGAACACUUCACUAUUUCAACUGACCAUAUCACACAACCAGCAGCUGUUACAGCUUCUGUUGAAGGAAGUGCACAUGAAGAUCAGUCAUCUCAAACUUCUGUUUCAAGUACUGACCAGGUAUCUAUUUCUAGCCCACAUAUGGAAGCAGCUGAUGCAGAAGGUGUUACCAGUGGGCAAGUUCCUUCUGAAAGUAUCCCUGAUGCAGAACUUCCACCUGUUGAAACAGUAACAGAUAGUCAGCAAACUGUUUCAAUAAUACAUAGUGAUGUUCCUUCCGUAGCACCACCUGAAUCUGAUAGCCAGUCAAAACAACCAACAACAGCAUCUUCUGAACAAAUGAAACCAGAAGAAUUUAUUAACACUGAAAAACCUGAUGUAUCUAGCAGUAGUCCAGAAAGUUAUGAAACAGAAACAGUGACUGCUUCAUCAUCAAAUGAUGAUGAACAGCAAGGUACAACUUCUGUGAUACAUCAUUUACCAUCUGAGAAACCUUCUGAUCACCAACAACAGGCAGAACAUCAGACUGAUUUUCCAGCAAUAACUGGCUUUGAGGAAACAGUUUUUCCUCAACAGUCAGGAGAAGUAGACUCAGAGGAAGGAUCUGGACAUGAAGAACCUAUUCACCCUGUAGUUACUGAAGCAUCUGAGUUAGAGCAACAGUCAUCUUCUCACCCUGAAACCAUGGAAGAACACCAACAGACCGUGUCACAAGGAUCUUUGCUGUCUGAAGAAGAAACAACUAUACAGAGUGAAUCUGAAACCCAGCAAUCUCCUGUAUUUACUGAGCAUGUACCUCCAGUGCAGCCUGUUGGAGAAGAACAAGGAGGAAUAGAAGCAUCUUCCAUUCAUCCUGAGACCAGCAAGCCAGACUCUGCUCAUCAACAUUUGCCUGAACAAGACACAAUUCUCACAGGAACAUCUGGUGAUGUGCACACCACUUCUCCUCUAGAAAGUGAUUCUCAGCAGUCUUCUGUUACAGAGAACCAACUAUUUGAUAGUGAUUUGCCAACAACCCAAAAAAGUGAGCAAUCCUCGCCAUCUGUGGAGGUCGUUACUGAACAUUUACCACAGCAGCCUGUCAUACUUGAAGGAGAAGCUGAAUCUAAUGAGCAGUCUGUGACUCUACCUACCAGUGACAAAGAGGAUAGUACUGUUGUACAGGAAUCUCUCUUCACAGAACAGGAAAAGCAGACUGAAAAACAUCCUGAAGAAAUGCAGACAGUUUCCCCAAUUGAUGAUAUUGCUCAACAAGAAUUGGUUUCUCAGCAGCCUGCACAGCAGCCAUCUGACACAGAAGAAACCGCAGAACAGCAGACACUUGCACCCAUAGCUGCUUCACAGCAGCCUGAUACAGUAAUGCAGGAGGAGGUUACAGACAGGAUUCCUGAUGACAAACAGCCAUUGUCCCCUACAGAAAGUGAUGCUCAGCAUGUUGUUGCUUCACAUCCUCAUGAAUCGGAUGAGGGAUCAGGGGCCAUGGAAACAGCAGAAAUUCAAACAUUGUCUCCUAUCACAGUGGAAGAAGCAUCAAGCACUGUUUCACAAGAAUCUACAUUACCUGGAAGUGAAGCUGUUUCAGCUGCAGAAACAGGGCAAGAAGAAGGUUUGGCAUCAGAAGAAGAAAAGGAAUCUGUCACUACUCAGCAACCAAUACAGGCAGUAUCCCAACAAGAAUCUGUGUCUGAUGAUAAGACACCUGACAGCAUUACUGAAAAUUAUGUGGAACAACAGACUUCAUUAACAGGGGAUGUCAGUUCUCAGCAUGACAUUAUUUCUCAGGAGCCUGUAGUUGACGAACAACAUGAACAAACAACAUUUGCAGCUGAUAGUCAUUCAGAACACACACCUGCUUCCUUACAGCCUGUUACAGGUGACAAAAAUCCUGACAUUCUUGAGCAUGAGACUACUACAUCUUUAGCUUCUGAUACACAGACAACAGUUGUUUCUGUAGAGCCCAUAUCUUCUGCAGAAGAGGAACUAGAUAAGCUGCAGACUCUGCUCCCACCAGGAGAAGACAGUCAACAUGUUUCCAUACCACACCAGCAUGCACCAACUACAGAAGAAAUGAUUUUGCAGACAUCCUCACCAGUAUUUGAGGACAAAGAGAGUUCUGCAAGUGUAGUCACUGUUAGUGAAGACAACAAGGCACCUGGAUUUACAGAGGAAACAAGUAAACAGACAGUAGCACCACUAGAUCAUAAUGUGCAACACUCUGUGGUCCCUCAAGAGGGUGCACCUGUCACAGAACCUGCAGAACAACAGACUAGAUUUACUGCACAGGAUGAAAUGGUGCACAUUGAGAACACACAAAAGCCAUCACUGGAUGGUCAGCAGGUCACUGAGAUUUCAGGACUGUCAGACGUAGUAACAAAUUUACCUGUAGACGCAGAAACAGAGCAAUUCUUGAUAGGUGAGGAGGGAAUAGAAAAAGUAACAGAAGCUGUGGAAGUCCAGACUACUUCACCCACUGAUUCAGAAAACAAACAAACUGAUGUUCCAUCACAACCUGUUACUAUUGAGGAAGUGGCAAACGCAGUAAGUAGUUCAGAUGAGGAACACAGCAUCCCCUCUGUUAUACCUGAUAUUGAACCAACUCACAUAUCUCACCCUGAAAACCAAGUUGGGCAUGAAACAAUCGUCACAGAUGUAUUGGAUGAACAAAGUACAGCAAGCCCUGAGCAACCUGAAAUAUCUGAAACACCCACAGUACCAGUUGCAGGUACGGCUGAUGAAAUACAAGUAACUAACGUCCCUGAAGAACAUGUAUCACAUGCUGCUGAAGCAAAUGUUGAUGAUGCAGGAGAAAUAAAUGUAGACACGCAAACUACUACUUCUCUUGUAUCACAGUCUCCUGUAGAGACUGUUUCAACAGUACAAGAAUUAGGAGAACUCCACCCCUCAACACCAGAGGAAACAGAAGUCCAGCAGGUCACUACAGCUCAUAUACCAGAAACCUCUAGUGAGAAACCUGCUGAACUAGAAGAACCAGAAAUACAACAGAGUUCUGUGUCAUCUGAGACUGGAAUUCAGGAAGCAAGUACACUUGGUGAACAGGAAGCAUCAGUCAUUGAAGACACAGGAUCACAAAACACCAUUUCUCCUAUUGAGUCAGGGGCACACACAGUAAAUGUUGAUCAGCCAGUCUCUGCACCUGAUGUGGAACAAGAGCCGGCAUCUCCUUCAGAGCCUGAAAUUCAGCAAGCAGCAAACACUGAACAGUCAGUACUGGCAGAAGGUGAUAGUUCCUCUGUGGCAGAAACAAGUGUAGAAACUGCCACUUCAGCAGUUCAGCAGCCUACUCCCUCUAAGGAAGAACAGCAUUCUUCGGUAGAAUCAUUGGAACAAACUGCUAGGCCCACAGAGGGUCAUGUCCAGGAGGCCACUGCUACAGAAAGCAUUUCAGAACAGCUAGCUACAUCUGACAAGGACACAUCCAUUAGUUUCAGCAAACCUGCUGACCAAGAAUCUGUGUCUGAAAGUACAGAGACAUCAGAUGAACCUCAUUUAAUUGAGACUGUUGUAUCAACAAGUAUUCCGGAAGACUUGGAGUCUCAAUCAAGCAGUUCCAAUGCUCCAGAUGUAGAUCAUGGUGUGCAGGAUACAACUAGUGAUUUCACACAAUCUAGUGGUGUGCAGGAAAGUGGCACUGUAACACUGGCAAUCAUACACCCUUCUCAGGCUCCUAUAGAAUCAGCAGAUCAUCAUAUAGAAAUUUCUGAACAGUCUUCCCAAGGUACAGUUACAGAAGCAACAACGGUUCAGCAUGAACAUACAACUUCAGCUCCUGUUAAGCCACCUGUCCAUGAAGAGGAAGAGGAACAAGUAGCCAAUAAUGUCCAUCCUGUGGAAGUUACAGAAGGGAAUCAGAUUCUUCCUGCCUCUUCCGAACAUCCACUGCACACUACAGCACAGCCCGCACCAACUUCUUUGGAUCAUUCUGAUACUAGUCAAGCAUCAGCUGUACAGGAAAAUGAACUAGAAGCUAAUGCGUCUUCACCAUUUCAUCCAGAUCAGCAGCCUGCUCAUUCUUCAACAUCACAUCCAGCUUACGAACAUUUCCCAGAAGAUCAUACUUUGGCAACUGGUGAAGGAAUCGAACACAUAACGGAAGCAACGAAACGACCAUCACAUCAUUUCACAACUAGACCACCAUUAACUACAGGAUCACACCAUCAUCCAAGUCAACACCCUGAAGAUCAAUAUGAGCAGUUUCCAUUUGGAGAAGGACAGUACCCAACAGGAGGUGAUACAGAUUAUGAUGAUGAAGAACAAGCUGCCUUUGGUCCAGGAACCUGUCGCUAUGGGGGAAAGGUCUACGUAUCAGCUCAACAAAUACCUCGUGAUGACCCUUGUGAUUUCUGUUUCUGCUUCCGAAGUGAUAUCAUAUGUCUUCAACAGAGCUGCCCUCCUCCUAUCCCAGGUUGUCACGAAGAGCCAAUCCAAGGCUUUUGUUGUCCACGAUAUGAGUGCCCUGUCUCUAUGGCAACUGUUCUGAAUGUAUCAACAACUACCACCACCACUACUACCACUUUGCCACCACAUUUCCUAGCGCACCACUACAAGGGUGCAGCCCACAGGACUGGGUGUCAAGUUCAGGGAAGUGCAUAUCGUGUUGGAGAAAUGGUGCACUCUGCCUCGGGUCCCUGUUUGGAGUGCAGGUGUGGUGGAGAUGGCCAAAUGAAGUGUGACCCUAAGGAAUGCAGUCCAGAACCAAUGUUACGAAAAAUGAUCAUGGCAGCAGCAUCCAGAAGAAGGUGAAGAAGAGUACAGAAACUCUCACAGAUGUGCUCAAUUGAAGAGGCUUCCUUUGGUGAUAAUGGAAGCAAAGUUAAUAUUUGUGCAUUGACUGUGUUGUGACAAGAAAACUAUUGUGGACAGUGAAUCUUGUGGCAACACAUGCAUAUAUUGUUUUAAAAUUCAAGAAUGUUGUUGUUUAAAAGAGAUUAAAUUGGGUGCCAAAACUAGUAGGACAAGCUAGGAGAGGAUCUGAGAAGACUGUGCCUUUCCUCUUUACCUCUGCCCUACGCAGCCCUCAGUCUUCUGAGUUGCACAGUUUUUAGUGCAAAUUUAAGACAGUUGUUGCUGUGUAAAAACUGGUAACACUCAUGAAAUGUUUUCUUUUUAUGAGUGAUAUGCUAUUGAGGAUAAUCAAAGCAAAGAUUAUCCCCACACACUGAUACAGGUAGACUGAUCUUCCUUUUUAUGAACAUUUUACAUCUACAUAUUUUGUGUCUUUUUGAGUCUUUACACAAAAUCUUUUGCUACACACAUUGUACCAACCGAAUAUUAUUCAAGGAAAAACUUUAUACACAAGUUGAAGGGUUGGAGGAGAAAAUUCAGAGAUGUGGCACUUCCUGUUUUUUAAUAUUUGGUGUUCAUUAUAGCCACUUAUUCUGAAGAUAUUUAACAAAAUCUCCAUGAUUUAUACUAUUUAAAUAUUUUUUUACUAUUUAUCUCAGUGUAAGCAUAGGUAUAACAAACAGACACUUCCAUUUUCUCGCUUUUUGUUUAUUCUAUCUUGAAUAAGUGAGCUUUUGGAACACAUGUCCAGGUAGUUUGACUGGUAGAAAUUUGCAGGUGAUGUGCCCUUUACUUCAAAUUUUUUACUACUUGAACUAUGACUGUUAAAUUUCUGCCUCUUGAACAUCUGGACAAAAAGCUGUAUAUUUAUGUCAUUGGUCAUAUAGAUACAGUGUUAGUAUUUUUAGUAUUUAUAUAUUAUAUAUAAAAAUGUAAUUACGUGAGCUUUCCAUGGAUGUGUUUUCUAAAAACACUCCACAUUCUCAGUGACAAAAUUUAACUAAAAUUUUCUACUUCAUUGAACUGAAACUUUUAUGUUCUUCAUGUUACAAAUGUGCACAAUGAGAU